UCGCCUCCGCCCCGGGCCUCAAGCUCUCACUGUUUAAAUCCCCCUCUGGGAAGUUCAAAUCUAGAUCCCUUGCAGCACCACAAUGGCCAGCAAGCUCUCCCCUUUCUCAACGUUAUUCGGCGGCCUCUUCCUCUUAUUCUUCCUGAGCAUGGACUCUGCCAUCCGUCAGACGCACGCUCAAAAGGUGGGCGUGUGCCCAGAGGUACAGGAGAGCAAAGACUGCCAGGUUGAAUGUCACACCGACGAAGACUGUCCUGACAUCCUCAAGUGCUGCACAGCUGGUUGCACGUCGGUCUGCGCAAUCCCUAACGAGAAGAAGGGUAAAUGCCCUAUUAAUGACAGUAGCAUCUCUUUGCUGGGGAUUUGCAAGGACGAGUGUUAUGGCGAUUCUGAUUGUUCUGGCUCACUCAAAUGCUGUAUCAAUGGCUGUGGAAACCAAUCCUGCCUCACACCUGAGCAAUGAGGUCUGACAUGAGUAAUUAAGUUGGAACAAAGGUCACCCUGAUCCUGGAAGCUCCUGGACUCUUUAAAGUUAUACUGAAAGUCACACUGAUCCUCCAGCACUCCCUGACAAGCUGCUGGAGUGCAAGGCUUCUGGACCAGCUGUCCAUGGAUCUGAUUAUUACCUUUCUUUCC